GCUGUGCCGGAGCGGAGCGUUCUCUCCUCCUCCCUCUCUCUUCUCUCGCGGCCCGUCUUCCUCUCCUCUCAUUCGCGCGAAGCCCCCCGAAAGGCUGCCGGGUUGGCGCGGAGAGGCUGCCGUGGCUUGGACCGGCGCAGAGAGAGAGAGAGAGAGAGAGAGAGAGAGAGAGGGCGAGAGCAGAAAAAAAGAAACAGUGUCGACGGGGCCGCGCGCUUCCGAGUCUGCGUGGAGAAUGGUUCGUAGGCAACCGGGCAUAGCCGACGGCAUAGACGCUGUCUCUCUGCUGCCGAUGUUCCAAGUGUUCCUCUUCUCGCUGUUUUUCGGCUGCGCGAGUGCCGUGCACUGGUGAAGCUUCCGUUGAUCGUUGCGUCGCGCUGCGCCGCGCCGCGCCUCUCUCGCAACCUGCGUGAUGCCAUUCUAGAGAGUCGGAGGUACACUUUGCCGUCAGUUCCGUUUGCCGACCGACUGGCCCUUUGUGAAUGAGUGCGACGCGCCGGAGAAGACGAGUCCAGGAUUUUACCAGGUGCGCUCGGAUCGUUGUGGUGCGUCGGCCGGCCGAGGAGAGCUGCGCGUCGUCCGACUCGCGAUGGACCCGAUUUUAUUGGAGAACAGCCAGCUUAGCCAGAGCCCCCAGCAAAGUCAGCAGCAGCAGCAGCAGCAACAGCAGCAGCAGCAGCAGCAGCAGCAGCAGCAGCAGCAGCAGCAGCAGCAGUACGGCGAGGUAAAUCAGCUCGGCGGCGUGUUCGUGAACGGGCGGCCGCUGCCCAACACCGUGCGACUGCGCAUCGUGGAGCUGGCCCAACUGGGCAUCCGGCCGUGCGACAUAUCGCGCCAGUUGCGCGUCAGCCACGGCUGCGUGAGCAAGAUCCUGGCGCGCUACCACGAGACCGGCAGCAUCCUGCCCGGCGCGAUCGGCGGCAGCAAGCCGCGCGUGACCACGCCCAAGGUCGUGCAGUACAUCAAGCAGCUCAAGCUCAAGGACCCCAGCAUAUUCGCCUGGGAGAUCCGCGAUCGGCUGCUCUCCGACGGCGUCUGCGACAAGUACAACGUGCCCUCGGUCUCCAGCAUCUCGCGGAUCCUGCGCAACAAGGUGGGCGCCGCCGCGGCUGCCGCUGCCGCCGCCGCCGCCGUGGCCGCCAUCCAUCACCACCCGCACCACCCGGCGCAUCACCACCACCACCAUCACCACCACCACCUGUACGCGGCCGCGGCGGCCGCCGGGGCCGCGGCCCUCUGCGCCCCCAUGCCCUACGCGCCGACGGCAUACCACCCGCCGGUCAGCCACCACCAUCACCAGGGCGCGCUCGGCGAGGCGCAACAGGACAACGCCACCGCCAGUACCGCCAACAACGGCGCCAGCAACUUUAGGAGGUUUCUGUCGAUCGAGGAAGCAGCCCUACCAAACUCGCCAGCCUCGUGCAAGCAGCAGCAGCAGCAGCAGCAGCAGCAGCAGCAACAGCAGAAUACCGCGACGCCAUCGCCGCCAGCGCCGAAUUCCAACGGGCAACUGACGCCGACGACUAGCAGCUCCUCGUCCUCGAUAACCAGUCUGCAUUGGCCAAGCUCCCACACCGUGCACGACAUCUUGUCAGGAGCGAUACCGGGCCUCGACAACCUCGCGCGCCACCACCACCACGACUCUGCCACGGCGGUUCAACGAAACGCCAGCGUCAACGGCAACAGCGAACCCGAGCAGCAGCAACAGCAGCAGCACCAUCACCACCACCACCACCACAGGCACCAGCAGUAUUACGCCUCGACUCUCUACCACCACCAUCAUCUGGCGCACCAUCAGACGGCGGCGUCGGCCACCCACCACCAUCACAUGCAGAUCGCCGCCGCCGGCAACGAGAGUUUUCACGCCGCCUGCGAUUAGUUCGCCGUUGGCUCCUUCUUCAUUAUGCCCAGUGUGUCUCAGUCCUGAUUGUGAAUCGUGAACGAACCAAUCAAAUUUUCUUUUUCAUUUGACCGAGUUUCGUUUGCUAUCGCCGGAGCAGACCAGAUUUUACCGUUCGAGGAGUGUGAAUUUGACAGUUUUAUUUUCAGAUUCUGUUUUCUUGGAUUUAUAGUCAGUAAGUAAUAAGCUUGUAAACAUUGUACUAAGUGAUCUAGGUAUAGAGUUAAUUUUCUGCGCGAUUGUCGAACAUUCAACAUUAUAUAUAGGAUCUGUGGCGGGAAUGUAUGGUAUAGAUAUAACAUAAUUUAUUUACAAUUAAAUAAUCCUUCUUUCACAUCGAUUAACGUAUUUUGACUUUUGAAUGCCUUCUUCAGUUCGCUCUGCCAGAAUAGUAUGCGUAGAAAUUUCCACGUAGUAUUCGCAUCAAAAAGCAAUAGCAACAUUGCACAAUUGACACGCGUCGCUCGCAGCGACUAAUCUGCCGUCACACGUGGUUUUAAUCGUGGCUCGCAGAGCAGCGGCAAUUAAUCACACGAGCCGGCGGUCGGGAGUGGGAGGGGCAGGCGAAUUAUUGGCAAAAGGCGAAUCUUUCAUUAACCCAGAAUGCCUGGCAACAAAGGCACGCUCCGCGGCGCGAAUCCGAGCGAAUCGCAGUGGGCGAGGUGACGAAAGCUCGUCGCGUCGCGCAGAUCUUGCCGAUACGCGGAAACUAAGCGCGCCUCUCUUCUCGCCCACGAACCCCAAGAUUAUAUACGCGACGAUCGGCAACGCGCGUUCUUCUCGAGCGUAGCCGUCGGCUGGCGACCCGUCAAAUUCACGGCGGCCCGUCUCGUCCGCGUGGAGACGAGGCACCGGGGAAAAUCCGUCGGGCGCCGGCUGCUUUUCCGUCGGUGUUCGCGCCGUCGCGCUGUUUAUUGUUCCGAGUCGCCUCGUUGCUGCAAUCGCGCGGCUUACUCGUCACCGACAACGGUAUAAACACUGAAACAGUAUUUGCGCGCUUUGCGAUACUGUGGGACGAUAAAAUCACACUUUUUCCCUCGAGUGUAUUUAUAGUAGACACUUUUUUUUUUUCGGGCGGCUUGAGCCUAAUCUUAUCUCUCGAAUAGACGUGUAAGCCUCACGCGAGACAAGAAUCUACUUUCCCGCACUAGUUAGGUAAUGUACGGUUUUCAACUGGAUGCCGCAGAUGUGUAUCAGUGCGUGCAAUGACCUGAUAAAGCCAAUUUUUUUGCGAGAAAUAAAAAAUUAAGUCGAUUAAGAAAUACAUUGGAGUUGCCUUCGAUAAUAACUUUAACGCGUUUUAUGUAUGAAUGAGCGAAUGUUAUGCGAUUAUACGGGCGGACAGAUGCCAAAAAUUGUACGUAAUGUAAUUAUACAAGCAAACAAAUUAUCCACAACAGGAGGUAUGAAUAAAUGUAAAGCUUUAAAGAGAAGUUGAG